AAAAGUUUUAGGUAGUGUAUGCCGCUUAUUUCAACUUUCGCGUUACUAUGUCAAAUGUAGAUUUGAAACCAAAGUAUGAACCAGGUGAAAAACUUCUUUGCUUCCAUGGACCUCUUAUGUAUGAAGCCAAGUGUCUGGAUGUCAAAGUGAAAGAAGAUGGAGUGAUGUAUUUUGUACACUACCAAGGUUGGAAUAAGAAUUGGGAUGAGUGGGUAACUGACAAGCGUAUGUUCAAGUAUAACGAAGAGGGUUUAAAGAAACAGAAGGAGUUGGAACGGCAAAUAAGGUCUGGAAAAGUCAAAGUCUUAAGAAAAUCCGACUUAAAGUCACAAUCUUUACCACCUCCGGAAGUUUUAAAGGAUGUAGAGCGGACACUGAAGCCUGGUCAUUUAAAACAAGGUUGUACUUUCUGGGUUACUUCACUUACUGUUCUUAUAGAAGAGGAGAGUCCUAAAGCGAAGCAGUCUAAAAGUAACAGUGAAGCAGAUCAAAAACCAAUCACACCUGUGACGACAGAAGUAAAGGAGAGUGAAGAUGUCAAGGCACCUUCAAAGCCUCCUGAAGAAUCUAACGGUGUAUUCAACAUUACUACUGUAUCAAGCAGAAGAAGAAAAAGUCGGGCGACGUCAGGAAUAAAAUCUAUCGAGAAUGUAAAUCUGAAAAGCUAAAUUUUUGAAGUCAGGAGUUUUUUUUCGUGAUUUUUUGGAACAUUUUUAGAACAACUCAGUCUGUUCAGAACGUUAACUUAUGCCUUAUGUUUUGAUUCUCCGUACACUUCCUAGACCCAUAGCUCUGCGAUUCUGAUUCAUGUGAUAAUAAACCCAGUGUUAACGAAGCUGAAUUUUCAAAUAUCUCACUCAUCAGUCAGUACAUCUGCAAUGAAAUAAGUUCUGUCUCUUGCAGUAUGAAUCAGGUUCCGAAUAAAAUUCAUAUAUUCUUAGCAUUCGGCAGAUUCAUGUUAAUUGCCGAGACAGACUAUGUCUCUUUCUGUUGUGUGCAGAUACCUAUCUAACCUUCCUCUUAUUAUCUUGUUAGGAUGACAGUUUACUUUCAAAGCCACAACUAAUGGUAUCUAUACCUCCAUCUUUAAAGGCAUGGCUCGUGGAUGACUGGGACUUGAUUACUCGUCAAGCUCGUCUUUACGAGCUUCCUGCUUCCCAACCAAUAUCCACUCUUUUGUCUGACUUCUUAGAAAGUGCUGAAAUCGAGGUGAAAUCUGAACCCACUUCUGAACCUCAAAAUUCUCAACAUAAUAUAAAUCCUGCAAUAAGACCUGAUUUAAGACGUGAAUUUCUCGCUGGGAUUCAGCAUUACUUUAAUUUGAUUAUCGGCUCUCAUCUCCUAUAUAAAUUUGAACGGUUACAAUAUGCUGAACUUUUAAAACGUCACACAGAUAAGAGAAUGUCAGAUAUUUAUGGUUCAAUUCACUUAUUAAGGCUAUUUGUUAAGCUUCGGGACAUGGUUUCUUGUACCAAAGUCGAUGUAAAUAGUCUGCCUGUUCUAGAAGCAUUGGUCAACGAAUUCUUGCAAUUUUUAAGACAGAAUGAAGGUCGUUACUUCCGUCUUGAAGAUUACACUGUAGCGACGGCAGAAUAUCAGCGGAGAGCAAUGUGCUGAAUACAUAUUAUUCUCAUCUACUCUUUGGAAAUAUGUAUAUCUUCACAACUUGUAUAAUAUUGUUAAUAUAUUAUAAAUCGUUUUAAUUUUUCGAAA